UUAAAGCUCCUGUCCUUUCUCUUCACCGGGUAUCUGUUUGAGGAUUACACACAGCAAAGAUGGCAUCUGCUUUACAUUUGGUGUUCCUCCUGGGCUCCAUCAUCGGCCUCCUGACUGUAGAAGCUGCGCCUUAUCCAGCUGAAACCCUCAGGGAGGCAGCUCCUGUCUGUCCCGCUCGUUGUCCUUCUGGUUGGACACAGUUUGGCUCUCGUUGCUUCAUUUUCUACUACCAGUCCAGGACAUGGAGUGAUGCAGAGAAAUUCUGCAUUUCUAUUGGCGGGAAUCUGGCCUCGAUCCACAGCAUAGAAGAAAACAACUUCGUCAGUGAGCUCGUGCACAGAGUGACCGGCGGUAGUCGUGACACCUGGAUUGGAGGCUACGAUGCAGUCACUGAGAACACGUGGCUGUGGAGCGACGGGUCAAGCCUAGAGUUUGUAAACUGGUAUCAGGACCAGCCAGACAAUGGUCACAGUUCAAGAAAUCAGCACUGCAUGGAAAUCAACUAUGCAGGAGAGUACUGGAAUGACAUGCCAUGCAGCACAAGGAUGCCUUGUGUUUGUUCCAUGAACCUCUGAAGCAUCUGUUGCAACGAAUCACUUCAGAUCCACACAGAGCAGCUGGAGGCUUUUAAUUUGAUUAUUUUCUUGGAUUUUAUUCAUCAAUUAAUUGAAGUAGAUCACUUUUUCUUGAUUAUUUAAAACGGUGAUAUAUACUAUCUAUUGUUUUGAUUUUCUAUGGAUAAUUUAAGUAAUUAAAUAAAAAAGAACUAGAAACAUCAUUAUGUUUAUCUCAAUCUAAAACUGUGAUACUUUAAAAAUCCAUU